AAGUUCCUUUUGCACAGCGUAUAGAUGCCAUGCUGUUGAACUACGGUCACAAGAAGAAACUGGGACAUUUCUAACAGUCGGGAACGGUUGCCAUGAGAAUCAAAUGAUUUCGUCUUCCGAUUUUAUUCUUAAUUCAGAUUGGCGCUGAAUCAUUAUAUGAGAAAAGCACUAUUUCCCAGUGCAAGUUUGCAGAAAGGUUACUUCGGGCUGGGAGAAGAAGAUUUCCCUGGGCAGAUCAUGGGCAGAUCUUUUUAACGAAAAUUAAGGUGGACGAUUUCGCUUAGUCUCGUUGUGGAGGCGGUGGGAGGGGAUCGGUCCUUUCUCGUGCUGUAGUUCCUGUUGCUGGCGAUCUCCUCUGACUUUGGCGCCGUUUAAUUCGUUCACAAACUGUAAGCUCAUGCUGGCGGCUGGAGAUGCCCUGGUUUCAGCUCUGUAGUAAAAUGGAGCGAAAGAGAGAGGGCAGGAGUGUUCAGGCAGAUAUUUCCUUGCAGUAAGCCUAGCCGACGGCAAGUGAGAGCGGACCCAAGAAUUGGGAGCGCCUGGCUAGAGAGAGGACAGUGAUCAUCGCAAUGAUCACAGGUGCAACUGCAUAUCUGGACAGACUGAAUGCCCCUUUCCAUAUCAAAAGGUUUGUCUCAAUAUCUGCGGUGGAAGGAUGGUUAUAAAGAGAAGAGUGGGAAGCUGCAAGCAGGCUGGCAUUGACAUGCUGACUCUGUGCCUGCUUCUUAUUCCGGCUACCAUGUGUGUACAAGAGCCAGAGGCGGGUAAGAGAGUCCUUCUGUCAAUGAAUUCGGUUCAACGCUCCGUGGCGCGAAUGGACGGCGAUGUGAUCAUAGGUGCUCUGUUUUCGGUACACCACCAGCCGCCGGCCGAGAAAGUGCCCGAGAGGAAAUGCGGAGAAAUUCGCGAGCAGUACGGGAUCCAGAGGGUGGAGGCUAUGUUCCACACCUUGGACAAAAUCAACGCCAACCACAACCUCCUGCCUAAUAUCACCCUGGGCUGCGAGAUCCGAGAUUCUUGCUGGCACUCGUCCGUGGCGCUGGAGCAGAGCAUCGAGUUCAUCCGAGAUUCCCUCAUCUCCAUGAGGAACGAAAGGGAUGGACUGACGCAAUGUCUUGAAGGACCGGGCUCAGAGACCAAGACGCCCAUAGCUGGGGUCAUAGGACCAGGCUCCAGCUCUGUCGCCAUUCAGGUCCAGAACCUUCUGCAACUCUUCAACAUCCCCCAGAUCGCUUACUCCGCCACAAGCAUCGACCUGAGCGACAAGACCCUCUUUCAAUAUUUCCUCCGUGUUGUUCCCUCAGACACUCUCCAAGCCAGGGCCAUGCUGGACAUUGUACAGAGGUACAACUGGACCUAUGUGUCAGCUGUUCACACUGAAGGAAACUAUGGAGAGAGUGGGAUGGAGGCUUUCAAGGAGUUAGCUGCUCAGGAAGGACUGUGCAUUGCACACUCAGGGAAAAUCUACAGCAAUGCUGGGGAGAAAGCCUUUGACAGACUCCUAAGAAAAUUAAGGGAAAGACUGCCUAAAGCAAGAGUUGUCGUCUGUUUCUGCGAGGGAAUGACAGUGAGAGGCCUACUUAUGGCGAUGCGAAGACUUGGGGUACUAGGCGAGUUUCUACUGAUCGGCAGUGAUGGUUGGGCGGACCGGGAGGAAGUGAUUGAAGCCUAUGAGCAGGAGGCGGUGGGAGGGAUCACGAUCAAGCUGCAGUCUGCUGAGGUCACCUGGUUCGAUGACUACUACCUGAAGCUGAAGUUGGAAAGCAACACCCGCAAUCCAUGGUUUCCGGAGUUCUGGCAGCAUCGCUUCCAGUGCCGUUUGGAGGGCCACCCUCAGGAAAACCGUUCCUUUCAGAGACUCUGCACAGGGAAUGAAAGUUUAGCAGAAAAUUAUGUACAAGACAGCAAGAUGGGCUUCAUCAUCAAUGCCAUUUAUGCCAUGGCCCACGGACUGCAUGACAUGCACAAAACACUCUGUCCAGGUCACUCCGGGCUCUGUGAAGCAAUGAAACCUGUUGAUGGCAAAAAACUCCUACAGUUUCUAAUAAAGACUUCAUUCAUUGGAGUUUCCGGUGAGGAGGUGUGGUUUGAUGAGAAUGGAGAUUCUCCAGCAAGGUAUGAUAUUAUGAAUCUUCAAAUGACAGAGAAUGGUAUGUAUGACUAUGUUAACAUUGGGACGUGGUAUGAAGGGUUGCUGGACAUUGACGAUAACAAGCUUCAGAUGAACAUGACCAAGUUGGUGCGCUCUGUCUGUAGCGAGCCGUGUACAAAAGGUCAGAUCAAGGUUAUUCGGAAGGGAGAGGUGAGCUGCUGCUGGAUUUGCACAAGUUGCAAAGAGAAUGAAUACAUGCAGGAUGAGUUCACAUGCAGGGCCUGUGAACUGGGCUGGUGGCCAAAUGCUGACCUCACAGGUUGUAAGAGGAUUGAUGUGAAACACUUAAGCUGGAGUGACAUAGAGUCUGCUAUCGCCGUUGUCUUCUCCUGUUUAGGAAUCCUAGCCACCAUGUUUGUUACCCUUAUCUUCGUGUUGUACAGGGACACGCCGGUGGUCAAGUCUUCGAGCCGUGAGCUCUGCUACAUCAUCCUGGCUGGUAUCUUCCUGGGCUACAUCUGUCCGUUCACGUUGUUGGCCAAGCCAACCUUAGCCUCCUGCUACUUUCAGAGGAUCCUGGUUGGGCUUGCUGCUGCCAUGUGUUACUCUGCCUUGGUGACUAAGACCAACCGUAUUGCCAGGAUCCUGGCUGGUAGCAAGAAGAAGAUCUGUACUCGCAAGCCAAGGUUCAUGAGUGCAUGGGCUCAGUUGGUGAUUGCUUCCAUCUUGAUCAGCGUCCAGUUGACCAUAGUAGUCACACUGUUGAUCCUCGAGCCCCCAACUCCAGUCCUCUCCUACCCCAGUAUCAAUGAGGUUUUCCUAAUCUGCAACACAAGCAACCUGGGCGUUGUAGCCCCUCUGGGGUACAAUGGGCUUCUCAUUAUGAGUUGCACCUACUACGCCUUCAAGACAAGGAACGUUCCCGCAAAUUUCAAUGAAGCCAAAUACAUAGCAUUCACCAUGUACACUACAUGCAUCAUAUGGCUUGCCUUCGUCCCCAUCUACUUUGGCAGCAACUACAAGAUUAUUACCACCAGUUUUUCGGUCAGCUUAAGUGUGACAGUAGCUCUGGGCUGCAUGUUCACUCCAAAGAUCUACAUCAUCAUCGCCAAGCCAGAACGCAAUGUCCGUAGCGCCUUCACCACCUCUGAUGUUGUGCGCAUGCAUGUAGGCGAUGGGAAAGCUGCCUGCAGAUCCAACAGCUUGCUUGAUAUGUUUAGGAGGAAGAAAACCAUGUCUGGCAAUGCAAGUUCCAAUGGGAAGUCUGUGUCAUGGUCUGAACCAGGAACUGGACGGCCAGCGAAGGGACAGCACAUGUGGCAUAGGCUAUCAGUCCACGUGAAGAGCAAAGAUGUUGCAUCUAAUCAGACAGCUGUAAUCAAACCCCUGACUAAACCAUACCAGAACCAGAUCAAAAAUCUCAGCUUCUCAGAUGCAAGCACAAAAGCCCUUUACAACGUUGUGGAAGAAGAUGAAAGUGAUCCACUGAGACUCGACAUUCCCAAUAGUCCAGAAAUGAUGUUGCAGAGACGGGCAAUGUCUAUCACACAACUUAAAGAAAUAGAAGAUUCCCAAUUUUUCAUUUCUGAUCAGUUGCAAAAAGAUGUUUCUUCACAACAAUCUGUAAUGGAUCAGUUGCACGGAGUGGUCAAUGCAUUUACAACCAAUAUGACUGACCUUGAUUCAGUGAUUACAGUGCCAGUGCCCGGGAAUGGGGUGACGCCACUGUACCAGCUUGACGAACAAGUACUCCCACUUCAGAUGACUACCUUCAAUCCUCAACCCAUUUCACCCGUGGUGGAGGAGGAGGAGGAGGAGGAGGAAGAGGAGGAGGAGGAGGAGAGUGAAAGAUUCAACCUCAUUGACAACUUCAUUUAUGACAACACAGAGAACCAGGAGGAAUUGGUUGUCCCCAACAAACUCACGUUGGAGGACUCUCCAGCACUCACACCUCCUUCCCCUUUCCGAGAUUCAGUGGCAUCAGGCAGCUCCGUUCCCAGCUCCCCCAUCUCUGAAUCAGUGCUGUGCACCCCACCCAAUGUUACCUAUGCCUCAGUCAUUCUGAGAGACUACAAACAAACUUCCUCAACUCUCUAAAGGUUUAACCUUUACAAUGAGAAGUUAAAGUUUGCUGGGGAUUUCAACAUGAAAUAUUCGGGGUUUGUGGGGGGGGAGGUGGGGUUGGGGGCACAUGCUAUGGACUAUGUUGUGAAACAUUUGAAAAUUAAAAAGGAAAACAGUAUAUUAUCCCAGUUGUCUGUACAGUCAAAAUCACUGUAAUUUUGUGGUAGGGUUCCCUUGCUAAGUCCAGGAAACAUCUGGAUUAUGUAGCAACUCAGAACAAUAGUUUCAGAAGCAUUAUCAUAGGGGUAGGCAUGCUAAAAUAUGCUAUCUUAUUGCACACUACUUUCAUUUCAAAUAGUUAUUGUAUUAUAAUUGUUGGGCAGUCUGAUAUUUCACUUUGUGCCAACUGCCAACUGUUAAUACCAAUUGUCAGGUGAACUUCUGUUGUGUUAGUUCUGUGUGUAUGUAUAUUGGGUCGCAAAGGCUGUAGUUUCUGAUUUAUAAAUCAAAACUGGGUCAAUAAGAUCAACUCAUCAACAAUAAUCUGCAACUUGUUCAAAUCCUGGAGUUCUUUAUUCCUCACAGUUUGCCUCACAUGCGACAAGCAGCCCAUUUAGGGUGGGUCAUAGCGUAACAAUUAUGUCUGCUAUCUAACAGAAAAUGGUGCUCUAUCUGCGUUUAAAUAAAAUCACUACCCUGUCACAAAAGGACCUGCUAUUCUUGCUUCCCCCAGAAGUAGGACGGUAACCUCUCAACCCGUCACAAUCAUUUCUCGAUUGAUUCUUCCAAACCUGAUAAAUGCCACAGUAGUACAAAUGGGAACUGUUGGAGAAAUGCAGACAGAAACAAGUUGAAGUUUCGAGUUCAAAAUGACUCAUUGGAAACUUCUUUGAAAUGCCAUGGGAGGUUGGCUCUUGUUUAAGCACUUGCUUUCAUUCCCAGUGUUGGAGCAGCAGGAUCUGUUGAUUUAAAAAAAGCAGUGGUUGUCAGAUGCAUUGGAAAAGCUGCAGAAACUGCAGUUUUAUUCUCUGGAGUGCAAUGAUUAUAAAUGAACUUCUUCUUGUGAUAUUUUGUGAUAAUGAGCAAUCCGUAAGGUUCAGAAUAUGGACCAUAAUUGCAGGCAUGUCACUUUUAUUUUCCGAAAUAAAUAACUCUGCAUUGAUCUACUUUAAGAAUGAACUCAAGGGAAACCAGGGAAGAGCUUUGAAUUUCCAGCUCUGUUUGUUUUUGAAAGAUUCCUUUGGAAAUCUUGUACAAAUGGUUAAAAAGCAACACAAUCUUUGGAUAACAAGGUAUAGAGCUGGAUGAACACAGCAGGCCAAGCAACAUCUUAGGGGCAGAAACCUAUGGUGUGCAAUAGUGAUUGCAGUGGUCAGUGCUUCUGAUGAUUUACAUCUCAGGUACAUAAACAACCCAUGUAAUGUUAAAUUCUAAUGCAUUCUGACAAAACAAAAAUGCAGUUUUUGUUCUUUUUUUCUGUUUCAUUGUUCUGUUUCCUGUCAAUCUUAAUCAGUGUGGCAAUCUGAAGUUUGUGUCCACUGUAAAAAAUGCAUACCUUUAUAGAUAGUUUGAAACACAACAUGAAUUUUGCCUGGAAGUACAAAGUCAGAAGUAUAAGUUUUAGAAAAAUUCUGCCUCUGUAGCAUUUGAUUUCCCAAAAAUGAGGUGGUAUUCUUUGAACAGAAAGUACUGUUUAUCUCCCUCUCCAUAACCUUGUACUAAACACUAUUGAAAUAAUCUGAAACAGAACCCAAAAUGCUGCAAACACUCAGUAGGUCACUCUGUUUGUCUCUUCACAGAUGCUGCCUGACCUGCAGAGUACUUCUAGCAUUUUACAUUAUCACAGACUUCCAGAAUGUGCAAUAUUUUGCAAUGUAGUAAUCAUAAAACCCAUGUGGUGCAUCAGUAGAUUCUACAGCUACAAUAUCAAGUUUUCACCAUUUACAGAUGCUAGCACCUUGGUUCAGUCAGUAGCAGUAACACCUCAUAGUCAGAAGGUUGGUUCAGAGAAUUAAGCACAUGAUCUCGGCUGACAUUCCAAUAAAGAGGGAAUCUAUCAGAUGAACUAUUAGACUGAUAUCUUUCCUACCUGCCCUUUGAGCUGGUCCAACAAUCCCUGCAGUCUCCAAAAACACAGGAGUGUUCUCUUUAGUGACCUGGCCGAUAUUUAUCUCUCAAUCAACAUCAUUAAGAUUAGACAUCAUCACAACAACUGAUAUUUAUAGCACCUUGCUAGGCAUAAAUUGGAUUUCGUGUUUCAACAUUAGCACAAUGUCUAUACUUCAGGAAUACUUCAUCAGCUGUAAAACAUUCCAAGAUGAUCAGAGGUCGUAAAAAGCGGCCUUUUUAUAUUGAUUCUUUGGGCCUUCCAUAAGUUCUGUGCCAAAGUUAUGACAGACCAUUAGGAGAAUCUCCAAAGGUGCUCUGUGCCUGACCUUGGUUUAUAACCUUGGAGCAAACCCACUCACUUCAUGCUCCCAUGGCCACAUUCAAAAUGAAUGCAGGGUUCCUGUGACUCCCCGUUGGAAUUGUAACACCACUGAACUUAUCCUGCAAUUGUGCCCAGAAACCACAAUUUGAAAACAACCUUCUAGUACAGUUUUUGAAGUUAUUCUUCCACACAAGCUAUCAUCCUAAUUCUAAAUAUACAUCCUUACCUAAUCCCCUCUUACAUGUUGUUGUCGCUUCUAUAUCUGCAAGAUGCUCAUUUUCAUCACUAAAAUUAGGACCACAUGUUCAGCUUCCUCUGCUGUUUCACUUUUUCUAUUGAACCCAUCAAGGCAAAGGGUCCCGCUGUCCACAACCUUAUCUCCUCUGCGUCCCUUCAGCCCUCUCUGAGCUUACCUUGUCCAUGAACCUCCAUGACCCUAUGCCCAUCAUACUGCUAACUAUCUUUGCUGAUAUUAUUGCAGUUCCGUCUCUCUCAUGGAAAGAUUCUUCUCUCCAUACUUUCCAUCUUUAAAUAUCUCAGAAUCAUCCAUUUUCAAACGGCCCACCCUUGACCCAUCUCUCCAUGUUCAUUACUGUCCACCUCCCUUGCCUGUCUAGAGACUUAAAUGUGUUACGGCUUACUAAGCUCUACCAGAGUCAGUGGUAGCUGGUAGGCAUUUGCUACGAGAGCUGAGCCUUGCAAAAUUGGCCUGUUAAGUACUUAGUAACUUCUUCCAGGUAUGCAACAAUAUUCUCCUGAUUAAUCCCUCAGCAACGUUCAGAUUCUGCCCUGCGCCGUUCACCAGUUGUGAUGCUGGCUACCCCACGACCUCCACCAGCGGGAAGGACAAGGACUGCGGACACAUGGGAACACCACUAUACUCGACUUAAGUUGUAUGUCAUCUUUCCUUCGUCGUUUACCGGGUCGAAGUUCUGGAACUCAUUACAUAAUAGCAUUGUGGGUGCAGCGCCACCACAUGGACUGCAGAGGCUCAAGAUGGUGAUCCACCAGCUCAUACCCACGGCCAUCCCAGGCUGGGUAAUAAAUGCCAAUCACAUCCGCAUCCCAAAAAUCGGUAACCACUGAAAUAGCUUUUGACUUAAGAGGCUGUUAGCAAGCAGCAACAGAACAGUUAAGAUGCUUGAUCCUGGAAAAAAAAUUGAAUCAAGUCUUGAUUUUUUCCAAGUUGAUCUCCUAUUCAGAACAGCGCACGGAGUAGUAAUUUGUACCGGCUUCCGCUUAGAAUUUAUCAUCUGUACCCUUGAAAUAAAAAUUGUCAAGUACUUUGAAAUGUAAUCAAAACAAAGGCUGCGGUAAAAUGGGGUACAGGUAUAACUGCAAUUAACCAGUCUGUGUGAAUUGAGAAACUGGUUCACUUCUGAUCUAAUGACGUAUCCUGUUAUUGUAUCUGUGUCCCUUACCAGAAAUUUCAGUCCCAAUAUAAAUCAACACUGCGUCCCUGCACUCUCCAUCUGGGGCCUUCCACACGUUGCAAGGAAGCAUUAAGAAAUCUAGGACAACCUAACUCUAGCGUAUCACAAUUCUCAGGACUGACUUUGCCUCCUGCAAGCCACAGCCAAUUGCAAAGCCAUCUGUGCAAAUGAAAAUCUACGGUCGCCAACCUUCUCAGUCCUGCAUUCCACAUUCCUCUUCAGUAUCAUAUUGACUUCUGAGAAAAAAAAAAUUUCUGGAGCUGUAACACUAAGAGUUGAACUGUUUUAACAACUGAACCAAAACAGCCACAAAUCUCAGACCCCGAACGGAAAAAGAAACCUUUUAAACUAUCACAAGCAAAUUGUUGUUUCUAAUUUUGGGUUUUUAACCCAGAUUCAGUUUAGAUUUGACUUUUAUGCUAAUUACAUAUUUUAAACCAAGUAGGCGAUAAAUUGAUCAUAGAAAUUGGUGGUGCAGUGUUAACUAAUAUGUGUUCAUUUUAAAAAAGGAUUAUGAAUGUGUUUUUGGCUAUCAACUUUUAUGAACUUGUAAACUGCAAAUGUAAAAAGUCUUUAGCGAAAUAAUAUGUAAUUUGACAGCAGAUGGCAAUAAAUGAGGUUCCAUUUAUUGUGGUAAGAUAUUUUCUAUUGUGUAAAAGCCUCCUUUCAAUCCAUCUUUAUUUAAAAAGCUCUCUGGCAUAGUAAAAGAAGUCAUUUUUUAUGCUUAAUUUCAUUUUUUGCAUUUUAAGAAUAAGCCUGUGCUUGAUGAGUGACAUUGGCUCCCAGUCUGGCAAUACCUCAAAUUUAAAAUUCUUAUCCUUACUUUCAAAUCCCUCCCAUUGCUUUGUGGAUCUCAAUCUUGGUAAUCUCAAUCCACCACUACUACAACCCACUAUUUCUGGCCUCUUCUACAUGCAUUUCCAUUACUCUGCUACAUGUAGCUUUCUCACCCUCAGCUUUAGUGUUUCUUUUCUCCCCCCUCAACCUUUUCAUUCUUAUUUAAGAUCCUCCUUCAAACCUACCUCUUUGACCAAGCAUUCAAGAAUCUGUUCUAAUAUACCAUGUAGCUUGGUGUCAAAUUUUGUUUGACAAUACUCCUGUGAGGUGACUGGAUGAUUUAUCACAUUAGAGGUGCUAUAUGAAUGCAAGUUAUUAUUGUUUUAACUCAUGAAGUAUCAACACUGUCAAAAGUACCAAUUAUUGAUUCAAUAUGUUAGAAUUUGUUUGCAGCAAGACUGAAGGAAGGACUGUUAGGUGUCAGUGAAUCUGUUAUUAACAAUUUAAUCUGCAAUGAUAUGUUUUGAUCCAUGAGCUGUAAUUAAAUAAAGAA